GUGUCUCGAGAUGUAGAUACCGUGUAUACAUAUAUACAUAUAUAUACAUAACGUAGAAACAUAUAUACAAUACAUUCAUAGAUACAUCGUAUGAGGCGCGUAAAAUUCAAGCGAAUGCGGGCACUAUGUGCGCGAGAUAGACCGACUGCGCGCUGCGCCAUUCCGAUCUAACCCGAAUGAGUUUCCGAGGUCGAGCAAGUGGAGAGUACGCGAGUUACUGCGGCCGCACACGAUUCGCAAGUUCGUCAGUCGCGGCUCGGCGACGAGCGUGCACGCGUUUCGUUCGCGUUGUUCGCUCGUUCGGUUACGAAGAAAUUCACUAUUUUUCUUUUUUCUUCUUUUUCUUUAUUAUCUUUUUCUUCUUCCUCUUCGAUCAUUGGGUAAACGGUAAUUUACGACGUUACGUUUAAGUUUAUGGGAAAAUAGAGACUCGCAUACACACACAGGCGUAUACAAACCGAGAGUGCGAUGAAUCAUGCCAAAGAGAAUAACCAAUGAGAGGAGAAGACGUACGAAGCCGGCCGACAUGCGUGGUUUAUCGACAAAAUUUCAACUCACGACGGAUGUUCUUCCUGUUCUUUUAUCGCAUUACGCCUUCGCUGCACGUCGCUGAAAGUUUAUCCACGCGUUUCUCGAACCUCCUCAAGAUACAUGCAUGUUAGAAGACGUUAAAGUUGUAAUAAAAAAAAACAACGACGACGUAGACAAGAUAUUCAAUGUGUACAGAAUUAUCAUUCAGGCAUUUGUAAGAUGAAACCGUCCAUGAAAAUGGGAGUGAUCGCCUUGGUAGGUGUUUGUGUGGUAUUUUAUCAAUACCAUUUGUCCACCGGAAUUAGAUUCGAUCAGGCGAUCGAUUUUAGUGCCGGUGGAUCUCUCGACGAUGAAGUCGAAUCUCAUCAAAUUAAGUUCCCAAGGUUUACCACAGAUAUGGUAAUGAACGCGGUACGUCGAGUACAAGACUCGAAUGGUCUCAGUCCAGAAGUUGGUACAUUAUUGAUUAAAGAGAUUUGGUAUCAACUCAACAAAAAUGUUCUUGAAAAUACGGAAAAUGAUUCGCGAAUUUUACGACCUUGUUCAAAACUUGUUACCACGAACGUCGCAUGUAUGCCUUCCUUAUCAUCAUCGUCCACGAAGAAUGAAAUAUCUUUGGAUCCUCUCUACAUUAUAACACCGACUUAUCGUAGACCAGAACAAAUUCCAGAACUCACUAGGAUGUCUCACACACUUAUGUUAGUCAAAAAUAUUCACUGGCUCGUCAUAGAGGAUGCGUAUGUAGCCACGAAACAAGUAACGAGAUUACUCGAACGUACAGGAUUAAAAUUCGAUCAUUUGACAGCUCCGAUGCCAGAAAAAUAUAAAUUUAGAAAUGGUGCAAAGCCUCGCGGCGUUUCUAACAGAAAUCGUGGCUUGCAAUGGAUAAGAGCAAACGCAACGAAAGGUGUACUUUAUUUCGCUGAUGAUGAUAACACCUAUGACAUAGCUUUGUUCGACGAGAUCCGUAAAACGAAAACUGUGUCAAUGUUUCCGGUUGGUCUUUGCACCAAAUUUGGUUUGAGUUCUCCGAUUAUAAAGAACGGCACGUUUGCUGGUUUCUACGAUGGAUGGGUCGCUGGUCGUAAGUUUCCAGUUGACAUGGCAGGCUUUGCAGUGAACGUAAAAUUCUUACUUCAAAGGCCAAACGCCACGAUGCCGUUUAGAGCUGGUUACGAGGAAGAUGGUUUCUUGAAGAGUCUUGCACCGUUGGAACCACGAGACGUACAAUUAUUGGCAGACAAUUGUACGAGGGUACUCGCGUGGCAUACGCAAACGAAAAAAAAUGAACCGAGUGUACCGUUGAAUAUGAAACUCUAUGGCUCGACAAAUCUCGUUAAAUUGAAGGAACAAAUAGUAUGAUGUCUGGUAAGAUACAGCAUUAUUUACCGAAGAUAAAAAUCUCGGCUACUCGUCCGUUUUGUUUCUCGGACCUGUUUCUAACGGAUAGGUGCAAGAAAAAAAAGCUAUGUGAUUUAGUGCCUAAAGUAUUUCUCCUACUUGUAAUCUAAAGAAGAAGAAGAAAAAGAAGAAGAAGAAUGGGGUGUUCUUAAGCUGAGCCAUCAAAAUAACGGCAAAGCCUUUGAUCUAAUUUUUAAUUUGAAGGCAGACGUUUACCUCAUAUCUAUGAGAUCGAAAACGAGUCUCCUGCAUUGCAGUAGUAUGGUUUACUGUAACAUAGUUUCAAUAUAGUGCAUUUUUAAUUAUGAUAUGUGUAUACACACACACACACACACACACACAUACACACAAAUGCUCUUCUGUGAACAAAACAGACAUGACCAAUCGAGGUGAGUUAAAUUGAUUUUAGUGAGCAUAGUGAUAGUGAAAGAUUUUUGUGAGAGAACAAGAAGGGUGAGGGGAGCAAUGUAAAAAGAAAAAAAAAAGCGAGUAACUAUCUUGGACCAGUAAAUACGUAGCGAAAGUGUGAGAGUUCAGUACACGAAUCGAAUCUGCCUAAGCCUCCAAAUAUGCACUUAAUUGUAUCGACGAGAUAUUAUUAAUAGCAAUCCUGAGAUUUUUCUUUGUGUAUCGUCUUUGAACAGUUUAUGCAAUCAUCUUUAGAUAUAAAUUUCAAUUUCCGAUUUUUAUCGGAUAUUGGAAAUCGGUUGCAUGUUAAAACUUUGAACAAUAAUAAAUAUUACCAAUAUGGUAUAUUAUUAAGCAGAAAGAAAAAUUUUUGUGAAUAACAAGUGUGCCGAAUCAA